CUUCGAAGGGGGGUGGUGCCAUGGUGGUGAAGCAAUCGCUUGGUAUUGGUAUUUUUUUCAGCCAGCCCUGCCUGUUAGAUCGGCGGUUGAUUUCAGUCUAAUGGUGCGUUUCGAAAGUAGUAUACGGUUUCGCGAGUGGUUUUAGUAUAUAGACGCGUCCUAGUGCAUUUUCCAGUCAGCAGCUAUCUACAUCACAAGUUCACCCUACCAGGUUGGACGGCUCACGUGUAGAAAACAGUAGGCUGAUCUCAGCAGUGGCGCGUGGAAAACUGAUUGUUGGUACUCUUUGCGGAUGCCAAAUUUUUCCUUCCAUUGUUUCUACUGGAUGUUUUCGUUUGAUUAUCUCACCCGCACGGGUGACUGGAGUGUUUGCGAGUGUGAAAUCGUAAUGUGUUCUCCAGUAAAAGUGCAAAUUUUGUAGUGUGCCAUGGAAAAAGAAAAUUGCUAAGUCUAACCGUAAAUAUCGAGCGAAAGAAAGUUCCGUGAAAAUAAAUCAAGCGGAUUUUUUCCGUUCCCAACAAAACGCACAACAAUCUGGAACAAUGUCGCCUGCAUUCCUGGCGGUGAUUGCCGUCAUUCUAUGUAUUUUGUUCCGAAUAUUGAAUGUCAGCAGUCAGCCGCAGAUUCCACAUCUAUUCUGCCGGGAUGGUCAGUUCAUGGAGUGUUUCAACAAAAUCGCACCGAUGCUGAGAGAGCCGUACAUUCCAACACGCCUAUGGGGCUUCAGCGGUCACAUCCAAACAAUAAUCCACAGCAUCGUAGGCCGUGUGAAGUGUCCCUGGCCACUAGGAGAACGAGUUUACCUCGCCCUCGCAGACGGAUCGACGCUUACCUACGAUUUGUAUCAGCCGCUAAUAAACACUGCCGAAGAUGAUAUUACGGUUGCCAUCUGUCCUGGGAUCGGCAACUCUUCCGAAUCAGUAUACAUACGGACUUUCGUCCAUUACGCACAAUGUCACGGUUACCGAUGUGCCGUGCUGAAUCACAUCGGAGUUCUGGACAGUGUUCAGGUCACUUCUAGUCGUAUUUUUACUUACGGCCACACCGAUGAUUACUCGGCAAUGAUUAGCAACCUGUUGAAGAAGUACCCGACGACCAACGUCGUCUCCGUAGGCUUUUCGUUGGGCGGUAACUUGAUAUCCAAAUAUCUAGGCGAAACAGAGCGACCAACCAAUAUCAUCGGUGGUGUUUCGAUUUGCCAGGGGUACAACGCUGUCAUUGCCACCCAAUGGUUACUCAAGUGGCAAAAUUUCCAUCGCUUCUAUCUGUACGUUCUGACAGAAAAUGUGAAAAGUAUUAUCAUGAAGCACCGGCACGUGCUUCUGGCGGAUGACAUCAAGCAGCGGUAUAAGUUGAAUGAGCGUGAUAUCGCCGCGGCGGCCACGCUGCCCGAGCUGGAUGAAGCUUACACACGGCGGGUGCACAACUUCAAAACCGUCAAGGAUAUGUACAGUUGGAGCAGUUCGGUUAACUAUUUAGCUAAUAUUAAGCGACCAAUGGUGUUUGUGAACGCGAGGGAUGACCCACUGGUGCCGGAUGUGCUACUUUCCUCGAUCAAAGAAUUUUCAACAACAUACAACAAAUCCUUGUACAUCGAACUGGCUAACGGUGGACAUCUAGGAUUCUAUGAAGGCGGCCUUAUCUAUCCGAACCCGGUUACAUGGUUGGACCGAGCCCUUGUGGCACUAAUCGGUGGCAUUGUGAUGUCACACAACGAUCUGUUGGUGGCGAAACAGAGCGCUACUAUUAUCUAAGAUUCGCUAACAUUCCCCUCGCCAACUUCCAGCUACUGUUACUCCAACAACCGAAUCACCGACUGGUUGCACCGAUGGCUGUCGCCAGUUUUGACGAUACCAUCGACGCCUUCGCUUCGUGGUGUUUUCAUCGCGUUGCUCAAACUGCUCCUUUCCACCGUUCGUCGGCGGAAAUCCGUGUUCACAUCAAUUUCCUCGUCCGUAGUGACGACACCCGCCACGAGGGAGUAAUUUUAUUACACAUAUUUAAAUCUUAUUUUACGGCUUGACUCUUGACGACAUUUGGCGAAGGGAAUGGAGAACUGGACAACAAAUUUGUAUAUCCAUUUUUAAAAUAGCACAAUAUUAAAUGAGUUUAUCGUAGCUUAAAAAAAGUCCAGUGUUAAAAAUUGACGAAAUGUCGCUAAAAUCAUAAAUCGUACAUUGAUGUGCCCUUUGUUAAGCUUUUUACGAAUCCAUUUUUGAAUCUGAUUUUUAAGAAAAACUAAACAAGUGAGAACGUAUCUCUACGAAUAAAUAAAUGUACUAUCGAUAAUCGAUAAAUGUUAGUAGGAUAAGUUUUGUAAUGCAUACACAUGAUACAUUGAAAUUCAGACUCAAUUUUCGAUAUAUUUUCCAUUUUAGUAUUCUUGAGAAUCCAACAGUAGGUACUACCUAAUAACUAUACUAUUAUAAUACGCCUGCACCAAGAACCGAAGUGAAAGAAGCCAAGUUUUAUGUCAGAAAAAAUACUAUAAGUCCUAGCUGUGUCAAGAUUAAUCUACCGUUAAUAUACAUUUUGGGUAGUGAAAUAAUACUAUGUUCUCCAAAGUUUCUUUCGUUACAAAAGGUUUGUUAGAAUAGCUUCUUAGGGUGAAUAUGAGAGUAAUUUCUAUGUAUCACACCAUCAUUUGGUCGACAUUAAGUCAGACCGGACUAAGUCGCAAAAUCCUAAAAAAUGAGAUUAUUAUAGCAUUGAAUAAAGAAUUUCUUCGGCUUCAUUCGACUUUUGCAAGAUUUGAAAUAUGUUAUAAUAAGCAAGAAUUAGGGCAAAAAUUAAUUUAAAAUUAUAACGCUAUAAGGAUGCGGAGAUUCAAACUUUAAACUCGUUUUUCUCGAAAUCAAUACAAUGUCACUUAGUUCAGUUUGAUUUAACACCGUCCAUUUGUAUUUCUCCUAAUUAUUAUUAUAACAAUCAAGCUUCUGACACAGAGUAUAUGUUGUAAUACUAUCAUUAUGUUCAUAGUUAUUUAACGAAUAUUAAUUAAAUUUGCCUGGCUGUGAUUUCAACAUUCAAUUACGCUACUGUACAUGCCAAAUGAACAUACAAACAAGAAUCAAAAGAAUUUCUGGCACAAUGUAACCGAUAGCGUCUAUUAUUUUCGAAGUUUCAUCAGGAUUAGAAAUCCUUUCUCUUGACAUUCAAUUGUUCUCGGCAGAAUAAUGAAUAUUAGGCCAUGUAUCCAGCAAGAAUCCACACUAUCAACUUUUUGGAAUAAAUUAAAGUUUAAGGGUACAUGUUCCAAUACCCACCAGUUUUAAAGGUCCCAUUAAAUCGACGAUCACCCAUUGGUUGAUAUAAUGCCGCAUCAGCUAUUAACUUACUCAGGUCAAACAAACAAAGCGUAUUUCUUCCGCAAAACUCCCCUGGUAUCAUUGUCCGGUUGAUUAGAUCAACAGUGAUCAAACAAAGCAAAAAUAUAAUUAAUUAAGUAGUUUAUCAGUUAAGCGCCACCAGGGGUAACUUGGCCCUAUACCCACUGCUCUGUCCUCGAUAUAUUGUGAUGUACGUUACGGAAUAUUGUUGGAUGACACAUUAUUAUACCCAAGUAGAAAUUUUCGUCCCGGCAACCACUUCAUAACUAGUUUCCCAGAAAAAAAAGUGUCAGAGUUAUGGAGCGGUUAAUGAAACAAAAAUUGCUACUUGGGUAUGAUGUGAUGGCUGGAAAGCAGCUCCGCCAUGCCAGUUGCAUUGACUCCCAGAUUGGCAGUUUUCAAAUCCGUUGGUUUUACACUAUGUAAAUAUUUAGAAAAUUCCAGGUUAGUUGGAUUCUCAGUAGUUGGCAAACGUUAUGUUCUACUUUUGUUGAUAUUCGCCAAGAUUAGUCAAGCAUUAGGAACUGUGAAUAAGCUUGUUGUGAUAAAUGUUUUCAAAAGAACAAAACACGGUUUCGAGUAACAAUUAAUAGAAGUAGAAUUCCGAUAGUUUAACCACAUAACUUCUUAUAUCAAAAAUUCCUUUUGUUAGUCAUGGAUUUGUUUUCGACUUGGGCUCAUUGGUACCUAGCAUACGAGCAUGUUAUUACAAGUGAUCCAACUGGUCUCAAACGUGCACAGGAAGUUUUGAUUGCUGAUAUUAUAGCGAAAUCGAAAAAUGGUUCGGCUAACAAGCCAAUGUGUUGCAAAGCAAAAUAGUCUUUGUUACACGACUAUAACGCACUUUCCAGAAUGUAUGAAGGUAAUGUUUUCUUAUUUUUCUCUAAAGGUUAGAUUAUAAGAGCUCUAGUUCAUUUAAAAAAAGUUAAACGCCGUCUAAACUAUUGCUUCGUUCAAACUGAUUUAAAGUUUGGAAUACGUUGAGUGGUCAACAAUAUCUCUACACUACAAUUUCUCUAUGAUGAAAACGGAUUCGAUAGUGAAUUGACUAAAGGGUUGAUGGAUUUUCUAAAUCGAUGAAACGAUCAGGCGUAUUUCUCAGGCCCCAGAUAUAUUUUUUUUUUCAUUUUGCAAGACGCUGCUAUCCAAAUUCGAAAGAGAAAUAUUUAAGGUAUGUGGUAUAUUGAACUGGUGCAGUUUAUUAUUAUGAGUUAAUAUUUUAGUUUUUUGUUUCUAAUCUCGAAACUAUUGAAAAUAUAUUUUAAAAAAUCAUUAUAGUACAAUAACAUGUACAGGCUAACACGGAUAUAAGGUUGCCUUAUCGUAUCUAAUAUAGGUUGUCACCUGGGAUUGUAAAGAAACAAGAAUAAAACAAUGUCAGAUCAUCUUGUGUAUGAGAAAAUAUAUUUCUAGGUUCAAAAAAUGAGAUGAAAACACAAUAUGAUUGUGCACGCAAGGACGGCUUCAUAUGAACAAAUAUGAGAGAAUUUUUCCAGUGUAAAGAAAUCUAUAAUAUAUACCUCGGUUGAAAAUGCUUUUAGUUUCUAUAAACCGCAGAUAACAGUUUCAUCGAUAUUGAAAAUAACUCAAUUCACUAUCAAAUGACCUCACUCAUAGGGAUCCCUUAUUCGUCUCAUUGUUUACUUUAGAUUUAUUUCUCGAGUAACAUAUGAUUAAGGUGUUGUAGCCAACUGUCAAAAUUCCCGAUAAACCGUAAAUCGCUGAUUAGUAGUAGACGAAGAAGAAAACCAGUCUUUAGCAUUAUAUGCUUAAAGAUAUGAUCGAGAAACGGUUCGUCCGGUACUUUUCCUCAAAGUACAAUGUGAUAGCUAACUUUAAGGCCAUGAUUAUGUGUUACUCAAGAUUUCAUUGAAUAAGCAACCAAAAUGAAUUGCGUUGACAUCGUUAUCAGUAACAAAAUUGGAGUGAAAAAAGUGAAAUACACGUGCUUGAGCGUUUCAAAAAUCGCUUCCUUUUUCAUACCACCAUUUUAUCCAAUGCGUUAAACAGAAGUAACAGAGUAGCUAACUAAUAUGUAGGCUUAAAUUAACAGGAUGAUAAGAGGGACUGAGAAGAAUGGGAGCUGUGUCGUGAGAAACCAAGUAUUCGUGCACAUAAAGAACCGUUAUGUUUGUGUUCUGUGUGGUAGAUUAUCACAAUCAAACUGAAAUUGUAAUUCAUUCCCAAUCAAUCAGCUGCGGAAGAUCGUACCUAAAUCGUAUAGUACGUACAGUUCAACAGGCCCAACGAGCUUGCAUUACAACGUAAGCCUUUUGUUAUUCGAAUUAGUAUCAAUGUUUGAUCACAGUCUACAACCUAUUUAGAUACAAACAAAUAAAAAACUAUACGCAGCAAGGUACUAUUUAGCGAACAAAAUAUAUUCCUUCAUAUAUUUAAUAACCUAUCGAUGUGUACCCAUAGUAAAUUAAAAGAAAACAAAGGCAGAGAGGAAUUUUGUAUCAUCCAAAUUUAUAGUAUAUUCCAAAACAGAGCAUAGAAGAAGACAUCAUGUUUAGUAAUGUAUGCCCGUACAUUGAUUGGAUGCAUGCAUGACUGCAAGCACAAACAACGCAACUACUAAAUGUAUAGGUUUUUGAACAUGCAGGGAGACAACAUUUCACCAAAUAUAUUGUAAAAGAAAAUGAAAGUGGAAUGAAGAAUGUUACAAACUCAACUAAAAGGCAUUUUUGCAAGCUAGCUUUAAUGGAAUUGAGAUGAUGCGUGAGAUAAAAUCCAGUAUAGUGACGAGCGAAUUACUAAAAUAAAAUAGUAUAAC